GCACAUACGUUAGCUUAGCGUCAGUGACGUGUCGAUGGAGCGCAGGCUGGCAGAGUUCAGAGCCAGACGGCAGGCUGAAAGCACCAUGAAGAAGGACGACGGCGGUGGUCCCCUGUGCAAAGCACAGACAGCAGCGGACACGGACACUCAGGUCGAUACAACAACAACAACACAAACAACUGACAGUCAACAAACCCCGGAAGCAGAACGCAUCAGGGCUUCGCGUCAGACCCCUGUAAUACAGGACCGUAGCGACUGGCUGCUGGACAGCGCUCUGGGAAGGUGGCUGGCUUCCAGGCGAUUCGUCCUCACGAACCUCACUUUGCUCAAAGUGCUGCUGUGGCUGGUGCUGCUCGGCCUGUUUGUCGAAAUCGAGUUUGGCCUGCCCUUCUUUGUCGUCUCCCUCUUCUAUUGGCUCUACGAAGGACUGCGGAGCCCGGCCGCCCGUCAGCCUGGAGAAAUGAGCGCUUAUUCUGUUUUCAACCCGGACUGUCAGCCGCUGCUGGGCGCUCUCACUGCCGAGCAGCUGGAGGGAGAGAUGGGUUACGGACAUCUGGCUUCACAUUUGUAUUGAAUAAUCACACUACAAAAAUGUUAAUCUUAUUCAGGAAUAUACAGGGAUUUACAUUCAUGUUUUUCGUUUAUUAUUUCUGUAUUACUUAUUAAAUGGAGAUUGGAUUACCUACA